GGAGAAGAGGGGGAGUUUGGGAAAGAAUGUGUGGAAUUCAUUUCCUGUGGAGCAGCUCUCACAGUCAGGAGAGGCGAGGAGUCAUGGCCAAGGCUGAGGCUGUGCUGCGCCGCGCGCAGGAGGACAAGGAGCGCUGACUUCUGCGUCUCCUGCUGGAACAGCUGCUCCUCCGAGGCCAGCAGGAGCAGGAGGAGGUGCACCAUGGCUGAGCCUCUGCUGAAGAGGACCUUCUCCAGGCUGAGAGGCAAAGACCGGAGCCGCAGGAAGACCGAGCCCAAGCUGAGCGAAACGCUCCAGCCUUCUCCGUUGCCAUCGUCUCCAUCCCUGAAGCCGACGUCAUCCGAUGCCCCACGACCUCGCAACUACAUCACGGUUGCUAAGAAACAACAGUGGGCACAGCAGGGAGCAGCAGCUCCGCCCCCUUUUCUAAACCCCAACCACAGACCUUUGGAGUUACGAGACUCAUCGGGAAGAUCCCAGGAUCCAUCUGAACAAAGCCUGAGCCAGAAUGUGACACAGGAAAAGAACCAACAUCACGGUGACAGAAUGUAUAUCUCCUGUGCUGCCGAUGCCACCAGUUCCACCUGCGCCUUGGUUGGCACUGCAACACAACACGAAGCUUUACAGCCAACAUGUAGCUACAAUGACAAGCCGGCCUCCUCCAUCAACACAAAGCUGUCAGGCCAGCGCACCUACCUGCAGAGCCUUGAUCGCACCAGCAGAGCGUGGGUUCUGUCUUCAGGAAAGAGCCAUGAGUCCGACGACGUCUUCAGCCCUCGUGAAGACAAUGGCAGCAACAUCUGGUACAACCCCAUCCCGGAGGAGGAGGCCACUGGGAGUCCUCUUAAGGAGGAGGUGAUAUGGAAGAGAAGGAGUGAGAGAAUAGAAGGAAUACCCAAAAAGCUGGAGACAGACACCAGAGUCCAGCUUGAAGGAGAGAAUGACGGUCCAUUGGAUCGUGGUAAUCUGACCAUCAGCCACCAGGCUGAAGACAUAGGAGCAGAAAAUACAGACUCGCCUCCCUCAGACUCUAGCCCCGCCUCUCAGAAAAAAGGAUCUGUGAUUGAGAAGCUGAGGUCUCCUGGUACCGUCAGAAAGCUUUCUCUAAGGAUGAAGAAACUUCCUGAGCUAAGACGGAAACUCAGCUUUCGCUCUUCUUCUCGUGCUCAUCGCCAUGGAAACAACAACACAGACGACUCAGAGGACGUAGCCACCAAGAACGCCUCCUCAGGAGUUUCCAACCAGAAUGUCAUCAGCAAAUACCAUCUGGACAGCUCGACCCCGCCAGCUCGACCCCAACGGCGGUCGUCCAGAGGACGCUCGGCCAGUAAAGGAGGCUACCUUAGCGAUGGGGAUUCCCCAGAGCUGUUACCACGGCAACAGGCUCCUCAAGUUUCCCCACCCCAGGAAGUGCCAUGCGAUGUCAGUUCGUUCCGACUGUACUUGGGUGCUGACCCGCCCCGAUGCAGCCAGCGGGUGACCGGACUGCUGACAGUCCACCUGCUCGGCCUGGAGGACAUGAAGACCAGCAGGUCAGAGAGCAGUAAGGAAAUAUUUGUGGCCAUCCAGAUUGAUGGAGCAACAAGAGCCAGGACUGCUCUCCUGACCCUGAAAGGUUCCUCCCUGACCCUCAACCACACCUUCCACCUGGAGCUGGAGAGAGCACGGCAACUCCGCAUCGUGGUGCUAACGCCAGCUAAUCCAGCAGCAGGAGGACAUCAACCAGCAACUUCAGGAGGUCCAACCAGAAACAGAGUGUGCUGUCUGGGAGGAGUCUCCAUACCUCCACUUUUUAAAGGGAGUCGUAGUCAACAGCUCUGUGUGAAGCUGGAGCCCAGAGGACUACUUUAUCUGAAACUGUCUCUGCAAGAAAAAUGGGACACUCAGCCAAUGGGGGACACAUCAACCCCAGCCAAUGUAUUUGGGAUAGAAUUGCACCACCUUGUGGAGAAAGAGGAAUCAUCAGUUCCAGUGCCUCUGCUGAUCCAGAAAACUGUUGCAGAGAUAGAGCGACGAGGACUGAAGGUGGUGGGUCUGUACCGACUCUGUGGUUCUGCUGCUGUGAAGAAGGAGCUCAGAGACUGGUUUGAGAGGAACAGCUCGGCUGUCUGUCUGACAGAAGACCUCUACCCGGACAUCAACGUCAUCACAGGUAUCCUGAAGGACUACCUGCGGGAGCUGCCGUCUCCUCUCAUCACCAGAACUCUGUACCAGGUGGUAAGAGAAGCCAUGGCCAUCCGACCAGCACCGUCCGCACCCGAGAGUCCAGAUCUCCAACUGUCCCGGAGCACUGUGGCGCUGCUGUCCUGCCUUCCCACCCCAGAGAGGGCCACAUUGUCUCUUCUGCUCGACCACCUCAGCCUGGUGGCGUCCUUCAGCUCCUUCAACAGAAUGACGCACCAGAACCUCGCCGUGUGUUUUGGCCCGGUGCUACUCACCCCGACCCAGGAGGCCUGGAAGACGGGAGGGGGUGGCAGGGCAGGAAAAGGUGCUGGCAAGGGCUUUGGGCCUGGCGAGGAGAUGAACGGCGCGGUGGACUUCAAACGCCACAUUGAGGCUCUGCACUACCUGCUGCAGCUUUGGCCAGUGCCGGCUCAUCAGGUUUCAACAGAUGACAACCCCUCCCCUCCCUUUUGCCCUGCUUCCUCCCAUAAUCCUCUGGACCAGCAUCCAGUCAUAAAUCGGCCCCAGAACCGUGAGGAGGAGGAGGUGGUGGUGUCCCGUCGAGGGCGGGCUGGUGUGACCCGGCUGGAGAGCCCGCCUCUCAUCAACCGGUAUGCCGGGGACUGGAGCGUCUGCGGGCGAAACCUUCAGUUUGGCCAGGAAGCCGACUAUGACGAGGUGGCGGGAAGUGAGAGUGACGCAGGCAGCAGAGAAGAAGAUGAGGAGGAGCAAAAGGAGGUGUGGUCUUCAGGAGGAGGAGGCCGAGGAAGUCUCUAUGUGGACGAAUUUCUAGACUUUGAUGCUCCGUUUAACUGCCGACUCAGCUUGAAGGACUUUGAUACCCUGAUCCAUGACCUGGACCGCGAGCUGGCCAAACAGAUCAACAUCUGCCUGUAGAGAAGAAGAGGAAGAAGAAGAGGAAGAAGAAGAGGAAGAAGAAGAGGAAGAGCUGGUUUAGAGUUUGGUUUGGAUCAGUGUUUUGGAGGUUGGUCAGAGGCUCCUGCAGUGGUGCCCUCAUGGAUGACUGCAAGGUAUCUGUACUCCAAGAAAACCAGCUGACCAGAUCUCCGCCAGAGUCUGGUCUUGUGUUUGGUACUACAACCAGAACCUGUUCUGUAUUUUUGGUGGGUAUUUAUCUUGAAAAGGACUCACCCAAAACCAAUUCUCGAGAAGAGAACGGUGCAUUUUCCAAAAAGGAAAAAAAAAGUAUCCAGCAAUAGCUUGUGAGUGAGAUCUGGGAUAAACCAGAACCGGAAGGAUCUUCGCAUAGAUCCUGUUCCAACAACAACUUUAAAGUUCUGUUGGAUCUGGUUGGACCAAAGUAGAUCCAUGUGGAUCUCAGUAAAUGCCAAGGUAAAAGAAUGAAUCUUAAAGGAAUUCUUAGAGGAAUUCUUACACACCUGUAGAUGGAUUCACAGUGAAUCAGGUGGAUUGUGGAAGAUCUUACUGGGCUGCAAUCAAUCCAAGUAAAGAAGAAAAAACAGAUCCCAUUGGAUUCUAGUGUAUAAAGGUAGGAUCCAUAAAGAUCCCAAAGUGAACAGUAGAUCCCACUGGAUUCACAGUAAUUCCAGGUGGAUUAAGAAAGAACUUACUGGAUUGCAAUCAAUCCUAGUGAAGAAAAAAAACCCAGAUCCCAUUGGAUUCUAGUAUCAAAGGUAGGAUCUAUAAAGAUCCCAAGGUGAACAGUGGAUCCCAAUAAAUUCACAGUGAAUCCAGGUGGAUUACAGAAAAUCUUACUGGGCUGCAAUCAAUCCUAUGAAAGAAAAACCCAGAUAGAUCCCACUGGAUUCUAGUAUCAAAGGUAGGAUCCAAAAAGAUCCCAAAGUGAACAGUAGAUGCAGGUGGAUCAGUGGAUUCUGGUGGAUCACUGUGGAUCCUGGUGUCAGAUUUUUUUUAUGGUGGCAGAUUGCACUGUUAAAAAGCCAUAUGUUAGAUUUAGUCAACGUGCGGGUAUCGCUGCUCUGCUGCUGCACAGUCGGAGCAAACAGAAGCCAAAUUGAAGGGCCGCAGUGUGAGACUGCCCCCUACUGGUGCCAUAAAUGUUCUCGGGUUCGUGGCAGAGCGAGGUGAGCUUCGGCGUAUCUUUGGUAUUUUUAUGGUACAGGAUUUGUAACUGUGACUCUUUGAAGCCACAGAAUUGUCUGGACUCAUUUUGCUCUGGAUGUUUUUAUGACAGUAUUACUUUAUUUUGCACAGUCUCAGUAAGCACUUGUGUUUUGUACUGAUGAAGACGACGUUUCUAUGCAGAAAAUGUAACCAAAGUGUUGAAGCACAGCUCCUGCUGGAGCGACCACAGUCUGUAUGUUUUAUUACUGCAAAUAUCUAUUAAAACGUUUUUAUGACACACCG